UUAAAGGAAGCUCUCCGCAACCAACAUCUUAUCAUAAAGAAGCUGUACGUUGAGUUAGAGGAAGAAAGAGAAGCUUCAGCAACUGCAGCUACUGAAGCUCUAUCUAUGAUCCUUCGCCUGCAGAGAGAGAAAGCAGCAGAGAAGAUGGAAGCUUGUCAAUACAAGAGGAUGGCAGAGGAACGGAUAAACCAUGCUGAAGAGACCUUGGAGGUGCUUGAAGAAGUCGUUCAGCAGAAAGACUUGGAGAUUGAAUCUCUCCGAUUCCAACUCAAGGCAAACAAGCAAAAACAGACAAAUCAUGGCAUCAGCAUUCCAGACAUCGGAGAAAUGUUGCUUUGUGAGAACAAAUCAUGUUGUAAUGGUAUUUUUAGAAGGAAUGCUUCUUUGCCUUCACUUCGUGGGGAUGAGUUUAGUUUCGAUAAGAGAUUCCUUGAUGAUGAAAGUCCUAUAUUAUCCUCUAAGUUAUCUGUAUGGAGGAAGAUU